CGUCUCCCUUCCUGUGUUACCGCCCUUGGGGUGAGAAAGUGAAUAGUGGUUAGUCGAGCCGUCGCUUUCAUUGGAACAGUAGAGUAAUUGUACAGAGUCUUCUGGAGUUAAGACUUGCGAACUGAAUUGGCCCAGAAGCAGUGGUUUUAGCCCUAUUAUAGUAGUCCUACAUACAAUCUGAAGCUGUUCAGUGGCUUCCAUCUUUAUCUGCCUGCCUCCUGAAAGCCUGCAUCCAUUCUGAUUGAAGGGUGUGGUCCGGGCCGCCCAGGAAAACCUUUUUUGUGUAGGGGCAACUUGGUCUUAGUCUCACUGCGCCCAGCCCUGGAGGACAGCCGAGGUCCCGGAGACGACUGAGUACCUAGUACCUUUCACGGGGAGAGAGGUAUGCUUCUUUAGCAGCUGGUUACCUCCCUGUAGGCGUGGUGCUCACAGCCUGAGGAACACAGACAUCUCCACCCCCCUCCCCCAGUCUGCAGUAGGUGUAGAGAGAGAGCGGGAGCAUGGCGCUGUCCUAUAAGAAAGAUCUGGAGAAGUACAAGGAGAUUGACGAGGAUGAGAUCCUUAACAACCUGUCAGAGCAAGAACUUAAACAACUGGAGACCGCUCUGGAGGAGAUGGACCCAGAGAAUGCAUUGUUGCCGGCGUCUAUGCGUCAGAAGGACCACACAGUGAAGCCGGCCACGGGUCCUUUCAACAGAGACAAACUUCUGAGCUACCUGGAGAAGGAAGCUCUGGAAUAUCAAGACAGAGAAGACCUGGUAUCCUUCACUGGAGAGAGGAAAGGCAAGGCAUUUGUUCCAAAGCAGCGGCCAAUUGAGUCUCGUCAGGAGGAGGCGACGACCCUUGACCCUGAACUAGAAGAGGCCCUGUCCAGCGCUACCGACACAGAGCUCUGUGAUCUGGCUGCGAUCCUGGGAGUCCAUACGCUGGUGACCAGCACCCAGAGCUACGAUGGAACCAGCAGCAAAGAUGGAGGAUACAACAACGUGAUAAAAGGGGAGAAGAUGACCCCAGUAUUUGACGAGCCUCCGAACCCCACUAACGUAGAUGACACACUGCAGAGGAUAAAAAGCAACGACCCGACGCUUACUGAGGUCAACCUUAACAACAUUAAGAACAUUCCCAUUCCCACGCUGAAGGACUUUGCCAAGGCAAUGGAGAGGAACACGCAUGUCAAGAAGUUCAGCCUUGCAGCUACUCGGAGCAACGACCCCAUUGCAGUGGCGAUGGGUGAGAUGUUGAGGGUGAACAAGACAUUGCAGAGCCUGAAUCUGGAGUCCAACUUCAUCACCAGCGCUGGAGCUUCUGCCCUGGUGGAGGCCCUGAGAGACAACGACACACUGACAGAGAUCAAGAUUGACAACCAGAGACAGCAGCUGGGGACUUCAGUGGAGAUGAAGAUGGCUAAGAUGCUGGAGGAGAACAACACUAUAGUGAAGUUUGGAUACCACUUCUGCCAGCAAGGUCCCCGUGCCAGAGCCUCUGCAGCUAUCACCAAGAACAACGACCUGAUCCGCAGGAGGCGAGUUGAGGGGGACCUGUAGGGACCGUGCCCCCGUCUCCAAGCCAAUCCCGUCGUCUCAUCUCACCGUGUGGAACACAUUUCUGCCAAUCCCCUGGUGUCAUCACACCGUGGCGUGCGUGUGGAUGUCAAGAGUCUUGUGCCAAACAGCGGAGCACGGCGCCCUCAACCAGACAGGGACUGUGUCCCCGGUGGCACCCUAUUCUCUAACUAGUGCACCACUUUUGACCUGAGCCCUGUGCACCCUAGUUGUUCACUAGGCAGGGAAUAGGGUGUCAUUUGGCACGCAGGGGGGAAAUAACUGGAAUAUCCCUCUCCCGUAUUACCUACAUGUCAAUACACACACAUACAUGUUGUUGUUUAUCGCUAUACUGUCGUUGUUAUAGUAACUGCAGCUGUGCAUCCUUUUUGUUUAGUUUUAGUCAUUUCAUUUCAGGCGCUUCCUUUGUAUUUUUCCUCUGAGCCUCUGGUUUUAUUUUCCGUUUGAUUGUGUACUGCAUCGCUUUUAUGUAUUUCUUCUUUUUUUUUUUUUUUACCGUGCUUAGUGCACGACAAACCGUACCGUGAAGCAAGUAACCAUGAACCGAGAGAUACUCGCGUAGCCUGAACUAACUCCUAACCCCUGACCUCAGAAGUCUGGGACAGGCCUCUAGAGUAGUGUUUGUGUUCUCUCCGAGGGCCCCAGGCUCUGGUCUUACAAGCGGUUACUUAACAUGGGGCUUGGAGUCGGGACCCGCUGGCCGCUUUCCGUGGAUUCCCCGUGGCUUACAACUGGGCCCUGGUUCGAAAAACUCUGGUUGUUCCGAAUGGUUUAAGAUGGGGUCAACUCUAGGACAUUAGCUGACACUCCUGUCAUGAUGCUUUCUCCCUGGCUGUUGUUCGAUGACACAGCUGUUGUGAGCUCCAUGGAGCAUUUAAGUCCAGCUGCAUCCCUGAAAACAGCUGCCAGCUCAAAAUAACAUUUAUAGAUAUCUUUAUACUUUCAUAAAUAACUUUAAAAGUCUUACAAAUUAAUUGCGUCUUAUAGAAUUUUAAAAGUCUUACACUUGAUAUUGUUCCAUUUAGCUCUUGUCGGUUCAGCCUGACUGAUUUAUCCGGUUUAUUUAAUUUACCUUCACCGGGAAAGGGAUGUUAUCAGAUUAUAUUGUUUGACCAAGUAAAUAUAAGGUUUUCUAAAACCAUUGAGGAAGCAUUGACGUGAUAAUCUGCUGUCUUGCCAUUGGUCUGACGAAAACGUCCGCUCAACCAAUGGGCUUCUCCGAUAUGCAACAAUGCCAAAGACUAAUGUGCAGCGCUUACAUUGGCUAACAUACAUUCUGGACUUGUUAGGAGAUAUGCCUGACCAGCGUAUAACAACAUUCUCCUUAGAUAUCUCAGAUCCUGACUGUGAGUAUAAUAGAUUUAAAAGAACAUACUGUAUGGGUUCAUUGCACAUACCUUGUCUGAGCGAGGUCACAGUGUCAUGAUGUUAUGGUCACAGUGUCAUGAUGUUAUGGUCACAGUGUCAUGAUGUUAUGGUCACAGUGUCAUGUUGUCAUCAUGUUAUGUUACAAACUUAACUGGAUUCCUCUGUCAUACUGUAAAACCGGGCCACCUAAGGCCUGAUGUAGACACUCAACAUUGGUUUUUAAUACACUGCUUUUAAUCUGCACCCACUGACUGUAGAAUGAGAACUGUGUUGAUGUGGUACUGCCACUCUUGACCAGCUCCAUGUAGUCCCUGGUCUAUACACCUACUGUUUCUUACCAACACCAACGCGCUAUAGAAGUCUGUCGAGAACUGUCGGCUGGUCUACUUUAACUCCUGGUCCAAAAAUGGUUCUCUACAGACAGUCUCCAUUGAAAGUGAAUCUUAGACCAAGACUGAUGGAUCUGUGCCCGGGAUACUGCUGCUAUUGGUGGUGGUCCUGUGUCAAUCAUCUCGUGAUCAUGUUGUUUUGAAGGACCAUUACUACGACGAUGUUUCUAAUUCAUAUGUGGCGUCACCUGACCGCACACAUUUGUGAUUUGCUUACAAAGAAUGCGUGUGUACCAAAUGGCCUCCCGUUAUCUGCCGUGUCCCGUUCUUACCCAGGGUUCUGUUAAAAGGUGCACCACGCAGAAGGGGUCCAAUCACGUAGUUUUAAUUUCGUCCUUUUCCCCCCUUCAUUCCUACCUGUUUUGUUUUCCGGCCAUUUCAUUACCGUCUGUUUUUCUGCGUCUGCUGCCUGGGUGGAAAGCGAGGCUUCAGUUGUGCUCGUUCUGUGCUUUCUCUGCCGUCUCUAUUCUGCAGUCCAAUCAUGCCCAUUAUCAUUGGAAUUAUAGAUAUCCAUCUCAAAGCGUUUACCCUAACACACACAUUCCACACACACACAAACACACACAUUUGAGGUGUGUGUGUGUGUAUCAGUUAUGUAAAGCCACUCUCUUGCGGGGGGGAUUUUUGUAUGUUGAAACUCCGUGUCAGGACUAAAUAUUAAAGAUGAACUAUUAAGCUGUAAUGUUGAUAUUAUUAACCACCAGGCCUGGUAAAAAAGGGCCAUGUAAACUGUAUGAUGUCCUCAACAAAUAAAUGUUUUUAUGUA